AUGUCUCUUCAAAUGUCCUUGGCGUUCUGCACCUUAAUUGGCCCGAUGGCAAUCUUGCUAACUUUAGUUUUGCCAUUGCCUUAUGUUGUUAGACAAAAAAUUGUCGAUAUUACAUUUGCUUUGCAGAAAAACCAGAAUUUCAGAGUUGGUGUCGUGUUUUCAAUUGUCUUGAUGGGAAUGCAACUUUUAGACUGUGUACAGAGAUUAAGAAAAUACGCUGACAUUGAAAACCCUAACUUUCCUGGAAUUGACUAUGAUAGAUUGGCCAGUAAAUUCUACUCCCAAAGAAACCUUUACUUGAGUGGAGCCAUUUUGUAUUUGCAAGUUGCAAUUGGAACCGUUGUCACCAUUGUUAGAAAGAUGGUCUUGAAGGAAAAACUCUUCCGCCAAUCCAAAACAAACACCGUUGAUGAUGCUGCUGAAGUUGAAAAAUUAAAACAUUUGAUUGAAUUGAAACAACAAGAUAUUGAUGUAUUUAAAAAGCAAGUUGCCAAUUUACAAAAGGCAUACGACACAUUAACCCCAGAAGAGAAAAAGGGUAAAGAUGAAUAA